GGAAGUAUUGACACCCUUGGAAGAGAGCAAGUGCCGGGUGCCAGCUGCAGAGAGCCUACAAGAAUGAAUGUCUCCGAUGCUUUUGUCUCCUUAUAUGGUAAAAUGAUACCGAGGGGUUUCACUGGGCUGGGGAAGGCAGCAGGCUGUUUCCACACCACGCUGCCUGCAGAGCUGAAAUGAGAAGAGCUGCUCUCAGCAGGCAGGAGAGAGCCUCGGCUGGCUGCACCUCAGCAAGCAGGCCAGUGUGUUCGUGGCACAGCUGUUAAUGGAUGUGACCCUCUGCCCCAGGUCCAGGAGGUGACACUAGCUGCCCGCCACUGCUCUGACAGCUGGACUCCAGGCAUCACCAUGACUGAGCGUUUUGACUGCCACUACUGCAAAGAGUCCCUGUUUGGUAAGAAGUACAUCCUGAGGGAGGACAGCCCUUACUGCGUGAAAUGCUAUGAAAACCUCUAUUCCAACACCUGUGAGGAAUGCAAGAAACCUAUUGGAGCUGACUGCAAGGAUCUGUCUUACAAGGACCGCCACUGGCAUGAAACCUGCUUCCACUGCUUCCAGUGCAAGAAUUCAUUGGUGGACAAGCCUUUUGCUGCAAAAGAGGAACAUCUACUUUGUACUGAUUGCUACUCCAAUGAAUACUCUUCCAAAUGUAAUGAGUGCAAGAAGACUAUUAUGCCAGGUACUCGGAAGAUGGAAUACAAAGGCAACAGCUGGCACGAGACCUGCUUUAUCUGCUACCGCUGCCAGCAACCAAUUGGGACAAAGAGUUUCAUUCCUAAAGACAAUCAAAAUUUUUGUGUUCCCUGCUAUGAAAAGCAGUUUGCCAUGCAGUGCGUCCAGUGUAAGAAGGCUAUCACUACAGGAGGUGUGACUUACCGGGAGCAGCCUUGGCAUAAGGAGUGCUUUGUCUGUACUGGAUGCAAGAAGCAGUUGUCCGGACAACGCUUUACCUCCCGGGAUGAGUUUGCAUAUUGCCUGAGUUGCUUCUGCAAUCUCUAUGCCAAAAAGUGUGCUGGAUGCACAAACCCAAUCAGUGGUCUGGGAGGAACCAAGUACAUCUCAUUUGAAGAGCGGCAGUGGCACAACGAUUGCUUUAAUUGUAAGAAGUGUUCUCUCUCAUUAGUAGGCCGUGGCUUCCUUACAGAAAGGGACGACAUCCUCUGCCCUGAAUGUGGAAAGGAUAUCUAAAGCUCAAAAUAAGAAACAGGGAAGAGAGGAAGAAUGCUGUGCUUGCAAUUUAUAGUCUGAACCACAAAAAACUAGCUUUGCCCUUUUGUGUUUUGCUGUACUAUUAACAUCACUUAACCUUCUUAUGAAUUUCAAACUCUACAAGUAUAGAAGGAAAACAACUUUGGAAACUCUAAUAGCAGGGAUGGAGUUUAAGGUUUCUAUAGCUAACCAAAACUAAUGCAAAACCUGAGCUGUAAAGCCAUUUGGGUGUUACUGACAUAAUACACUUUUUUUUCUCCACUACAUAUUCCAGUUUAAGCAUUUAAGUUAUGAGCAAGUGAUACAGUUCAAGGAUUACAGUGGCCACAGGCAAUAAAUUCAUAGAUGGAUAUUCAGGGUGAAGCCCCUAGCCUAUUGAAAUCAGUAGCAAACAGCAUUUAAUUUCAAUAAGGCUGUGGUCUCACCUCAGUGUUCUUGAGCUAUGUGACUAGUGUGUUCUGUCAAGUAUGUAGAAAGACUACGGACGUAGAGGGUGUUUUUUAAAGUACAAGGAUUUGUGCAAUGUCCAAGAGAAUGAUAAAACAGUUGAAGUGGGAGUGCUUCAUAACAGAUACGUAUUUUAUUGCAUGACUAGCUGAUCAUUGUGUGAAGUACAGUUCUGAUCGACAGUGUCAGUAUUACAUUUAGUCAACAUUACACUGCACAUUGUAUUUUUAAAAAUAAAAGUCAUUUAAAACAAAA